AUGAAACUCUUAUCUAUAAACGUUUCAAAACCAAAGCCUAUUCAAUACGGCGGUAAGACUAUCCAGACAGGGAUUUUCAAAGAACCGGUGUCAGGCACCGUCAUGCUCAGAGAGAAGAACAUUGACGGUGAUGGGCAAGGUGAUCUUCGGGUACACGGCGGCACUUAUAAAGCCAUCUACGGCUAUCCGUUUGAGCAUUACGCCCACUGGCGGCAGGAAUUGCGAAGAGACGAUUUUACCUAUGGACAGUUCGGGGAAAAUCUCACCGUUGAGGGUUUGCUGGAAGAGGUGGUUCAUAUUGGUGACAUCUUUCAGAUAGGUUCAACGGUAAAAUUGCAGAUUACGCAGCCGCGCGUGCCGUGUUUUAAGCUUGCAUACAAGAUGGGACUGCCGGAAUUUCCCAAACAGUUUUUAGAGAGCCGGCGCGUCGGUUUCUAUUUCCGAGUGCUUGAAGCAGGCGAAAUAACUCCUGGCGAUGCGAUUGCGCGCAUUGAAGUUGCAUCGGAACCGAUGAGUAUUACAGAAAUACUCAACCUCCGCUAUUUUGAUAGGGAUAACCACGAGAAGAUUGCACGAGCCAGAAAACUACCUGCUCUCUCGCCGAGUUGGAAAAGGGAUUUUUGGCGUAGCUUGCAAGCCAAAAACUUGCUGUAA